CUGAAUCAUUCGACAGGAUACGGAGAAUCAUACGUUGGAACGGAUUGAUUUAUCGAAUUCUCAAACGUGAUUUUCUUGAUUGAUCGCUAACAAGAGCCGAUUAUCGCUAAUAAAAAUGCAAUCCACACGCACUACGAAUACCAUCUAUAUGUUCGUCGUUCUGUUGACUUUUGGAAUGGCGAUUAUUCACGGCGAACCGCAACCAAUGGCUAAACCGACGCUUCCGGGAGAAUUUAAGAGUGCAGAAGAAUUAAGUAGAUACAUUAAUCACGUGAUAGACUACUACACGCUUAGCGGGAGAGCCAGGUAUGGAAAAAGGGGAAGCAUUCCGUUCUCUGAAUCGGAUACUAAUGAUGGAUGGGAUACGGUGAGAACAAUCCUGGAGAUUCCACAAUCAUCGCAACGAACGAAAUUCGAGAAACGAAAGCAAGAAGAGAAUCGAUUCAUUCGCGAACUCGAGAACUCGAACAAUAAAAAGCACUCUUCAAGGAUCGAUGUCCGACCAUGUCAUACGCUAGACAUAGUUGAACGAUACUAUGGUGAUGUGCAAUAAAAUGAUUGUAUGUAUUCUUGUAUUUCUAGCGUACACACACCUCUCUGCCACUGAACGCACGAUUGUAUUUUCCAUUUGGAUUUCUUUGUCAGCAUUAGCUCGUGGACAAUUGAUUUUGGAUUUGGGAAGAUGAGCGGAUCAGAACUUUUGCAAUCAAAACGUAAAUGGAAAAUGAACGUUCAUUGUUUCACUGAGUUCUCUGCGAAACAAGAUUUACAAUAAAAAAAAAAAUAAAUAAAUUAUA